GUGAUUGUGAGUUGUGAACUUAUUUAUGACUGAUUGUAAGAUGUAAGAUUGUGAUUCAAAGCCAAAUAAUGCAAUGUGAUUAUUAAAAGGGUUUAACUUUUGAAAGCAGAUCAAUUUUAAUUUUUUAUAUAAUGACUAGAUUCAACUGGAAUACAUGUGUAUAUAUACCUUAUUGAGGUCACAUAACCAAUAAAAAUUGCUCUUAUUGCACAGCAAAUCAGUAAACAUGGAAUUAUCUCAUAGUUUAACUUUAAAUGAAGAAGCUCUAUCACAAAUUAGCGAGGCAAGAAGACCUGUGUUUAUAUUUGAAUGGCUUAGGUUUUUAGAUAAAGUUCUUACUGCUGCUCAAAAAAGCGAUAUAAAAGGAUGCCAGAAACAGUUGGUACAGCAGUUGAUGAAUCAUAUACAAGAAUCUCCAGGCCCUCCAACAAGGAAACUAAUUGCAAGAUGUCUCGCAACUUUAUUUUCAGUUGGGGAUACGUUUUUAUUAUUUGAUACUGUAAACAAAUGUAAUGAUAUUCUUAAAAAUAAGGAUGAUUCUCCUAGCGUUUUGCCCUCAAAAUUAGCUGCAAUUUGCUGUGUAGGUACCAUGUAUCAAAAAUUAGGAAGAAUGAUGGGGAGAUCCUAUGAAGAAACUGUUCAAAUUUUAAUAAGAUCUUUGCGAAAUGCUGAAUCACAAACAAGGAUAGAAAUCAUGCUAACUUUGGAGAAAGUUUGUGCCGGAAUGGGAAUUGCUAUAAGUAAUGUUCACAAAGAUAUUUAUAAAGCCGCUAGACAUUGUCUUAUAGACAGGGUGAUGGCUGUAAGGUGUGCGGCUAGUAGAUGUCUUCUGGAAAUGCUAAAUCAUGCUCCAUUUUUAUAUACAACUGAAUUGGAAAGUCUAGCUACUUUAUGCUUUAGAGCUUUUGAUGGUUCAAAUUAUACAGUAAGAUGCACAGUUGCAAAACUGUUAGGAGCAUUGAUUGCUAUGACCCAAAAACAAACAAAAACAGGCAAAGGUCAUCAACAACCUCAAAAAGGACUCAAACUUGUAUCUUUAGAUGAAGCGUUAGGAGUUUUUAUGUCUGGAUUUCUUAGAGGUGGAGUAGGAUUUCUCAAAGGAACUGGAGAAAUUAUCAAAGGUAGUUCUGGAGUUAACAGAGAAGUACGAGUUGGAGUGACUCACGGUUAUGUAACACUUGUCCAAAUUUUGGGUGGUAAAUGGUUAGAAAAAAAUAUGAAAACUUUCCUGAUCCAUAUUUUGUCUUUAGCGGCAAACCCAAAGGCUGCUUCGUCACAUGUAGAUGCAGUUUAUUCUAGAAAAUGUAUCAACUUUAUUUUAAGAAGCGUUUUUGGCAAAAUGUUGGGUGAAAGAGCACAAGCAUUAGCAUGUAAAGAAAUUGCACAAAUUAUUAUUAAGGAAAUGAAUUCAAUCGACUUUAAUCCUGAAAAUGCCAAGGAUGUUAAUCAAGAAACACUUUUCAGUCAGCAUUUACUGGUUUGUGCUCUUCAAGAAAUUGGUAUAUUAAUUUCUAGCUUGGGAACAACCGCACAUGAUCUGAUAACUGAUCAAUCACUGAAUCUAAUAGAUGUAACAAUUGGUGUUUUAAUCCACCCUUGUCAAGCUGCUCGACUAGCCGCUGCUUGGUGUCUUAGAUGUAUUUGCAUUGCAGUCCCUAGCCAAAUUUCACCGCUGAUAGAUCGUUGUGUGAAUAGCAUUGAACAGUUUAGGACAUCACCCGAAGCUAUUGCAGGUUACAGUUCAGCUUUAGCUGCUGUAUUAGGAGGAGUUAAGCUUUCACCUCUCGGCGUGCCUCAUAUGAAAGGAAAAAUAAUAUUUAAUACUGCUGAAGAAUUGUUACGAAGCGCCAGUCAAAAUAGUAGACUUUCUCUGAAUAGAACACAAGCUGGGUGGUUACUAAUAGGCGCAAUAAUGACAUUGGGAAUUCCAGUUGUCAAAGGGUUAUUGCCCAGGAUGUUACUCUUAUGGAGAAAUUCUUUCCCUAGAUCUGCAAAGGAGUUAGAAUCGGAAAAGGCCCGAGGGGAUGUUUUUACCUGGCAAGUUACUCUAGAAGGAAGAGCGGGAGCGCUAUCAGCAAUGCAGAGUUUUCUUCAGAAUUGUCCAGAAUUAAUUACCGAUGAUACAACAAGACGAUUACUGGCUCCGAUUGAAUCUGCUUUAGCUAUGCUUUCUAACAUUUCUGGUAUUUUAAAAACAUAUGGACAGCAUCUAAAAGCGCCGGCUGCUAUGGUUAGGCUUAGACUAUGUGAGACAUUACUGCUUCUUCAUCCACAGUGCUAUGAAAAUUCGUACACCCAUCUACUCCGAAUGCUGGUCGCGGAAUUUACUUUGACUGAGAACCCAGCGAAUACAACAACUUCUCAACUGCGAACUGUCUGCCUCGCUAACGACUCAGUUAUACUUGGAACUUAUUUGCAAGAAACUGAUCAUAGGACUAUAGAAGAUCAGAUGGAACCUAAUCGAAGAACUGAUGGUGAACAUCUUCAACCGAAUAGUGCUGCUGGAUCAGGAGCGUUGGAACAUGAUCCCUGCUGUCUUUAUCGCCAAAUAAAUUCAGGUCAAGAAAUUCCUGGUCCUCUUCCCUUAGGAGUGGCGGUCAUAGAUAUAUCAGUUUUGUUGUUUGGCCAGAUCUUCUCUAGAGUAACCAACAAACAUCGAGUUCAAAUGUUAGACCAUUUUACAGAAUGCAUCAAACAUGUGCGUAGUACAAGGCAAGAAGCAGUACAGAUGAACGUAUUUACUGCACUUCUAAGUGGUUUGAAGGGAUUGGCAGAAACGAAAGUUAAUAUAAAUCAAGAUGAUGUAAAGAAAUCUGCUGUCAACCUUAUUAUAGGUGCCCUGACUUCUUCAAAUCCAAUACUCAGAUACGCAGCUGGUGAAGCAGUCGGAAGGAUUGCACAGGUCGUAUCUGAUUCUAAAUUUACAGCUGAGCUUGCUCAGACUAGCUUUGAUAGGUUAAAAUCUGCUAGAGAUGUAGCUAGUCGCACGGGUCAUUCGCUAGCUUUAGGUUGUCUACAUAAAUAUGUGGGUGGAAUGGGAUCUAGUCAACAUCUAAAUACAAGCGUUUCAAUUCUCUUAGCGCUUGCUCAAGAUCAAACGUCGCCUAUAGUUCAAGUGUGGUCUCUCCAUGCCUUGGCAUUGAUAGUAGAUUCAGGAGGACCAAUGUUUAGAGGAUACGUCGAACCAAGUUUAUCUCUUCUCUUAAAAUUACUGCUAACUGUUCCACAAUCAUAUAUUGACGUACAUCAAUGCAUUGGAAAAGUAUUAUCUGCACUUAUCACAACUGUUGGCCCCGAACUACAAGGAAACAUUUCAAGUGUUUGCACAGCUCGUUCUUCCUUCUUAGGCGCAUGUGCUGUUAUGCAAGAUCAUUACGAUCCUCUAGUACAAGCAGAAGCGACAGGAUGUCUUCAACAGCUACAUCUGUUUGCUCCAAAACAUGUUAAUUUAUCUUCACUCGUGCCAACUUUAUGUAGAACAUUAUCAAGCAAUCAUCUCUUGUUAAGAAAAGCAGCUAUAUCCUGUCUACGACAGCUAGUUCAAAGAGAAGCCAAGGAAGUUUGUGAACAUGCUUUGAAUUUGGCUAACGAAAGUAGAGAUAAUAAUAAAGUGGAAGGUCUCUUAAUAACGGAGUCAGGACUACCGGGAGUAUUUUUCAGUAUGCUUGAUACUGAAACAGAUCUUGCUCUUAUAAAAGAUAUUCAUGACACCAUCAUUAGUAUGCUGCAGGUUCUCGCUGCAAGUAAUCUCUCCCAAUGGUUAGGCUUAUGCAAAGAUGUUUUGACAAUUAGUACAGAUACUAAUGACGAUCGUUCAAAUAUUUUAAACGUGGACGUUGAAGAAAUCUUUGAAGCUGAUGACCAAGUCGAGUUCCAUGCAGAAGAAGACCCAUCUCAUCCCACCAUUCAACCAAGAUGGCCAACUAGAGUGUUUGCAGCGGAGUGUGUUCGAAAGAUUAUUGCUGUUUGUGAAUCGAAUAAGACUGAUCACUUUGACCUUCUAAAGGCUAAAGAAUUACAACUCAAACAAGGAAGAAAUGAUUUCCUCUGCUUGCAUUUAUCUGAUCUCAUUAGAAUGGCAUUUAUUGCGGCUACUAGUGAUUCCGAUCCAUUGCGUUUACAAGGAUUAAAAACAAUGCAAGAUAUUAUAGAGAAAUUUGCCAAAGUUCCGGAACCAGAAUUUCCAGGACAUCUGCUUCUCGAACAGUAUCAAGCUCAAGUAGGAGCCGCCCUAAGACCUGCAUUUUUACCUGAUACAUCAUCUUUAGUAACAGCUGCUGCUUGUGAAGUUUGUUCAACUUGGAUUGGGUCUAAUGUUGCAAGAGAUCUUAACGAUUUGAAACGAGUACAUCAGUUACUUGUGUCUUCCCUUACCAAAUUUAGGAACAAGAAUAAUUCCAGUCAAUUAUACAACGAAAGCCUAGUCACUCUUGAAAAGUUAUCUAUAUUAAAAGCGUGGGCCGAAGUAUAUAUUGUUGCUAUGAAAGGAAGUGAUGCUGUUUCUAGUUUUACUGUAACAGUAACAUUAACAAAUGAUAAUGAUAACAAUGAAUUUACAAACUAUGAAAGCCAAGGAGAAAGUUUGUUAACUCUCGUACAACCUGAACUAGUGAGUUUGUCACAAUAUUGGUUAUUAGCACUGAAAGACUAUGCUUUGCUUUCAUUACCAAGUGAAUUUUCUAGUCAAUUGCCACAUGAUGGUGGUGCUUUUUAUACUAACGAAACAAUGGACCUAUCAAGAACUUACUACACUUCUUUCUGGUCCCCUAUCCUUCAUGCGGCUGCAUUAUGGCUAAACUCAGGAACUUUUAAAUCAAACCAAGAUACGAAUGGUAAUGUUAAGAGUAAUAAAAUCAAUGAAGACUCGGAUAUAUUUCAUUUAUUAUUUGGAAUAUGUAUGGAAGCACUUUGUAGUCCACGUUCUAUAGAACCGUUAGAAAGUGUAAAAACUUGUCUACACGCAUUAUAUACCUUACUCGACACGGAAUAUACUAGAAAAUUGCUCGUAUCUGAUUCAUUUUUAGGUAUUGAAUUAUGUAAUGUCCUUCAUCGACUUAUUUUAACUAGAGACAAUCACACUUGUCAAUUAUUAUGUUUAGAAGUAUUGCAACAAGUUAUAAAAGCCGCACAGGAAAGCAUUGACAAACAAAAGGAGAACAAAUUAAACGAAACGAAAAAUAAAACCAAUGUAAAUGUUUUGGAAGAAGGAGAUUUAGGAGAUCUGAUUCCUGGAAAGUCUUUGGUUGUAUCCAUUUUAGAAGUUUGUCUGUGUCUAUUAAUCCGACUCUUACCUACAAUAAGUCCUUCUGAGAAUACCGCCGUUAUUAAUUCUCUCAAAAUAACGUCAACUUUUGAAAAGAGUAAUCAGUUAAUAGCAGCUUCAAUUAGAUGUUUAGAAAAACUUCAUUAUUUGUGUUCCCCAAAAGGAGCUUUGUCUAUUCUGCCUACAAUUUUGCAUCUGGUAACAGGAGUUAUAAAAGAAAUGGCAACAAAGCAGGUAGCAGAUAGUACAGUGUUAGCAAAUAAUUCAUGUAUUCAAGAGGCAUUGAAAUGUUUAAGAAUAUUGGCGACAGAUGAUUAUUCUAAUCAUCCAGAAACUGCUAACAACUGGCAAAAACUACUUCAGAGUGCUCUAGCGAAAAUAAUUGAUCUAGCAAAGACAAGAAGUGAUGGUAAUAAAUUUGAUGAAGUCACAAUGAUGUUAGCGAUAGCAGUUUUUGUAUUGAACGCUCCCUAUAAAGUAGUUACCGUACCCAAUAUUCAGUAUCCUUGUAUCAACCAUUUUAGGCAGGGCUUCGAAAGUUCAGAUUCUAUAGUAAAAUUAAAAUGCGUAAGAACUUUAAAAUCUAUUUUUGCACAUCAUAAUCCGUUGAUAUCUGUUCCAUACAUUCAUUCCUUGGCCCCACAUUUAGUGGAGUUUUUAUAUUCAGAAGCUGCCAAAAGACCUUAUUCUGAUGGUGAGCUCUUAGUCACCGUUGAAACCAUUACCACGAUAGAAUCUCUCAUCGAACUAGCAGAACCUGGAAAACGUCUACAAAUGUUGACGUUGUUGGUACCGGCCUUAGUAAGCUACUUAUCUCCUGGUUCUUCAAAAAAGAAUAAAUAUACUUCCUCACUGCAUGAUGUUAGUUUGCAAUGGCUAAUGAAAAUAGGACCAAAAUAUCCACAGGAAUUCAAGCGAAUGAUGUUACAUUCUAAGGAUCUCCGAUUAAAACUGGAAAAUGCCAUACGGAAUCAGCAGACCCAGAAGUGCAGAAUUAAAAAUGACAUUAAUAUUAAUCAACAAGUAACUAGUACUACUCCAACCAUAAAAUUAAAAACAGAUUUUAGUAAUUUUUCGUAAGUAAUUUUGUGAUUAGGAAAUCUUAAAUUUUAGCUUUAUGUAUACCACGAACUAAUUGUAACGAUUAUUUUAUCUUAAUUUUCGAUUAUUUGUUAAUUCUUUUCUCUUAAUUUAUUUAUAUAUUAUACAGAUUCGGAAAUAAUUAGGCAUGCCGUUUAAACCGUAUUUCCGUAUGCGGAUAAACCGAAUUAAAGAGUGGAAGUAUUCCAAGAGGGAUGGUUAACAUUUUUGCCAAACUUAUUGUUGUUAUUUGAGGUGUGCUCUUUUUUAGCAUUGGAAAUCCGUAAGAUAAUUAAAUUUGGGCUAAUUGAUUUAAAUGGCAGCUUGCUAUUUUUGAUAUAGAAACGUCAAAUACACUUAUUUUAAAGUCAAAUUGUGGUUUAUUCCCAAUAAAAAUAAUAAAUUAUAUUAAAAUGCCACAAGAAAAAGCUUCAGAAAAUUUGCCGUGAGACUUUGGUUUGGUAGAUGUGGCCACGGGUCUGUUCUAUUACUAAAAGGGAAUAUUAAUUCGGUAUUAACUGACUAUCGACGGAAGGAUGUACUCAAUUAACACGUUGUUUGCCGUCUCGGUAUAUUUGACCGAGAAAAAAAAUUACCCUGCACGCAAUUGAGGUCUAUUUGACCGAGAAUUUUAACGUGACUGUGGUGCCGUCUCGGUCAAUGUGACCGCGAGACGUUACAUUGGACGGCACAUAUAAUACUUUUGCAAUUUUUUUUUGUAAGAAGAGGAAUUUUGAAAAUUUUUAAACAUGAAUCAUUACAGGCUAUAAUGGCACCUCAGCACACCAUGGCGUGAGCGGUAAUUUUUUCGACCAUAUGCAGAAAUGGUCUUGGUGUGAACGGAAGGUAUUACAAAUUCCUCUAUGGCAGGCAACGUGUUAAGAUUAAAAUGGGAUAUUUGGUAUUUUCCAAAUAGUAUCUUUGAAACCAUAUUUUUGUUUAGAUUUUUUGAAAGUAGUAGUUGUGAUAAUAAAAUUAGUUCUAUAAAAGUGAAAUAAAAUAAAAAAUAAUUUCAACACUACUGUUCCAAACAAUUAGAAAUUCUAAACCAAGUAAAAUUCUUAGCGAAUUGAAUGUUCAAACAAACUAUCUUGUGCCAAAUAGGAACCAAAUCUAUUAUACAACGCCUUUCUCAUGGCGUGGAGUUCAUUUGCCGAGAUGUUUUGGCUUCGAAGUUCAAUUAUAUUUUAUCUCAGUUGCUCCAUGUUGGUGGCUCGCUCGAAUUCAUUCCUGUACAAAUUGGUAUUUGGCAUUCCCCAAAAAUCUAGGAGAGCCAAGUCUUCUUACCGAGGGGGCCAUUUUAUUUUUUACGUUGUAUACUAAUCACACUUUCUUGAAAAGUUAAAGCAAAAUCGUUUCUAAUGGCCUAUACAUUAUGUGAAGGAUAGCCGUCUUUUUGAAACCAAAUUUCGUUUAAAUUUAUUUCAAGAUGCUGAAGUGCAGGAAUUUAAUUUUGCAGUAAUUGACGAUAGUUUACUACGUUUCGAUGAAACAAUGACCAAUAAUAUUGAUAAUAUAUGAUUUCACACAAUUAUAUCCGUUGAAAAUGAUGAUCAGGAAAUAUUUCUUGAGUAGUCCGUAUUUUAUAACAUUGGUAGUUGUAUAUUUUCAAAAUAUUUCUCACUGUUUUUUUCUUUCAAGUCAACGUCAUCGGAAAUUUGUUUACUUGAACACGGUGUCGCUUCAGCCAAAGGACAGACUCGGGUUUUUAUAAUUUCUCGUUCUUGACUAAUUUUUUUUCCCUAGGUUGAUCUGAAGGGCAGCAGUUGUUACAUCUGCCAUUGGUACGACCAAACUUUUUAGAAACUAAUACAUAAAUUAAUAGUUUCUUGUAAAGAAUGGCCCCCAAAAGUACAAAUUUUUAUUAUUUGUGCUUCUUCUUUAGUUGUGUAAACAGUCGGAAUAUUGAAUAUUUAAUUGGCACGCAUAGCUAUUUCUGAAAUAAAUGCAAUAUUUUACUUCGAAGAAUGUAAUUCGAUCGGUUUAUCGCACAGGUUAUGAUAUGCUUUCAUCCAGAAUGGUAAUAAGAGACUAGGGGGAAAUACGAUUGUGAUAUUUGUCUAAUAAGUGACAACAUACUGUAUCUUUGUUAGAUAUUUCGCUAAUUUUUUAAUCCCCACCAUAAAUUGUUUCCGAAACUGAUAUAUAUUUAUGUAGUAUUUUACUUUUUUAAUAUUUUUUUCUACUAAUUGACAACAUUAAUCGUGUAAAUAUAUAUUGAAUAUCUAAGUAUAAAAUCCCUUAUAAUUCUGUAUUUUACAUUUAUUUCAAUUGUGUAUUAAUUAUAUAAUAUAUUAUACUAU